GCUCUCUUCCCUUCCUCACGAUGUAACUCAAAGUCUGAAGCAAGCUCAGAAGAAAAAAAACUCAAAGUCUGAAGCCGCCUUCUGCCCCAGAUCCCGCUCAACUAGCUCGUUUCUCUCACGCGGCAGAGCAUCAUCUACCCACGGAAUUCCUUAUUCGUCCCGCAAAAUCUCGCCUUCCCUGCUCGGAUCUGAGCUCGUAAGCAAAAUGGUGAUCCUUUGUGCUGCCCACCCUGCUCCUUUGGUUCAUUCUGAAUUUUUAUCUGGGUGGUUAUCACUGAACAGUUCCAGAAUGCCUUACGGUCUGAAAUCAACCGGAAGGAAACUCAGAAACCUAAACAGACAUCGGCGGAUGAUCACUCUGGCAAAAAGUUCUUCAUUACAAGAUUCAGCGGCCUCUGUAAAGCCAUCUCGUCUUCUGCCAACAGUUGAACCAAAAACAUUUCCCAAUAGUGUCCCUGAGGAGAUACUGUCAAAAGUCAGAUUAGAAGAAUCGGAUGCCUUUUAUAUACUAGAGCUUAGCACCAGUAGAGAACUCAGCUCCUCUUUGUUAGAUAAGAACGCCGCAAUCUUAGUCUGCUUAAUUGAUGUUGACGGCGACUCCUUGUUACAAAGAGUACCUGCGAUCUAUGGAGACGAACCUGCACAUGGCACCAAACCAUUACAAUCCCUUCCCUUUCAAAGUGGUUCAGUUGAUAUCAUCACCUUUAAAGGUCCCAAAUUGCAGACAGUCAAAGAAAUCUGGAUCGGCCUUGAAUCAGGUUCAUGGAGAUUAGAUGGUUUAAGUUUGAAAGUGAUCCAUGGAGCACUGAAUACGCCUACAGAUCUUGAGGGGACACUUGGGUUCAGCGGUUUGCAGUACACGUUCGACAAACUCAAUGCGCUGCUUGGUGAGGAUGGAGCUUCAGUAGCGGAAGCAAGGCCUAUUGCUGUCACUGACCUGUCAGGAAUUAGCAUUUCUGAUCUUCAAGAAGGACAGUUAUCCUCAGCAAGGACAGUUGAAAGCAUCAUGGAAAUGAAGGAGGAUGGAUUGAGAGAGUAUGCUGACCUUAAGCAAUCCUUGCUGCUCUACGACAUAUCUAUUGUUAUCACAGGUUUCUCGGCCUUCACUCUGGCUUCGAAUGAUGGAGCGGCCUACUCGUUCCUUGUCGGUGGUAUUGGAGGAUUCCUGUAUCUAUUGCUGCUCCAAAGAUCUGUCGAUGGGUUGCCGGCAAUUAGUUCCCCUUCAGAAGCGAGCAGUUCAGAGACAUCUCUGAAUUUCAGCGGCAUCAGAAGGCCAUGGUUGAUAUUAUCGAUUUUGAUGGUUGCUGGGGCUGUUGCACUGAAGUACGGUGCUGGCGGUGACAGCUUCGAGCUGACUCCGACUGAGCUCUUUGUUGGAGCCGCAGGGUUCCUGGCGAACAAGGUUGCUGUUCUUCUGGCAGCAUUCAAACCCUUGCAAAGCAAUUUGGAGAAUGAAGAUGGAUCUCUGGACUGAGCUUCUUGAUGACAUUUCUCUGAAUGUACUUGCAUUAUGUAAAUAAGAGGGUAAAGUGCAACAAGUUACAACUAAUAGUAGCUUGAGAAAGAUAUGAAGCCAAGUAUCGAAAGUGCAGGAGGCCACAAGAUCUCACAUAGAAUGGAAGAGUACAUGCUUGUCACUUGAGUCUUGUGGUAACUUCAUACUGUCAGCUUGCACAACCACACAAGCUCAUCUCUUGAGCUUUUGAGGGUCAAUCAAGAAUAAAGGUCCGGAUGAUAAAUCAUGAAUACAAUUCUGUCCUGUUGUACUAUAACCCAAACUUGGAUCGUUCAGCUCUAGUCUACCCAAACUUGAGUACUUUGACUGCGCUCAUAGGCAUGUAGACCGUGACCCCUGCAGUUGCCAUUGACCUCAAGUGGUCCAAAUGUUCAUUUAGGUGAGAUGGUAUGGCUAUUAGGAACAGUUCUAGCAGUACCAUAUGUUAUAAUUCUGUAACUAGACUAGCCAAAUUUACUGCACAAUUGGACCGUUAGAUAUUACAGUACACAUGUCUAUUUACAAGUACUGUUGUAUUUGUUAUAGGCUUGAUAUUCUUAUAAUUGGAAAUAUAGUUGUAUGUCUUCCAUCCCUGUAAUACUUAAGUGUAUUAUAGACCCUAAA